ACACUGCCUGCAAGAACCGUCCUCUAGACCUUGUGUUCAUCGUAGACAGUUCCCGUAGUGUCCGACCUGAAGAGUUUGAGAAAGUGAAAAUCUUUUUGUCAGAAAUGAUUGAUACUCUGGAUGUUGGUGAGAGAACAACGCGUGUGGCAGUUAUGAAUUACGCAAGCACUGUCAAGGUGGAGUUUCCCCUCCGGACCUACUUUGAUAAAGCCUCUCUGAAGGAGGCUGUAUCUCGCAUUGAGCCUCUGUCUGCUGGCACGAUGACUGGCCUUGCCAUCCAAACUGCCAUGGAUGAAGUCUUCACAGAGGAAAUGGGCACCCGGCCAGCAACUUUCAAUAUCCCCAAGGUGGUCGUUGUCGUGACGGAUGGGCGGCCACAAGACCAGGUUCAAGAUGUGGCAGCAAGGGCCCGGACAGCUGGCAUUGAGAUCUAUGCAGUUGGGGUAGACCGGGCAGACAUGCAGUCCCUGAGGACAAUGGCCAGUGAACCACUGGAUGAACAUGUCUUCUAUGUGGAGACCUACGGUGUGAUCGAAAAGCUGACAUUCAAAUUCAGAGAGACUUUCUGUG